UGAUGGGAAAGGAGAGUGUUAAUGGGGAAAGAAGGACUGGGGGAGGAUGGUGAGGAAAUGAGUGGGGGGGACCUGGUGGCUGGCAGAGGCACUGAAGGGAAUUGGAAGGAAGACCGGGCUAUGAGGAGAACGGGGAAGCUGAGGAUAAUGUAAAAAAAGGAGGGGAGGGUCUGGCAUUGUGGGGGAGGGGAGUGUUGGGAUGACUGGAAGAAGACAGGGAUAGCGUCAUAGGCAGGGAGGAAUAUCCCUGGCCGAAAGGGGUCAGUGAAUAUUCGCCUUUUUCCCCUUAGUGGAAGAGGGAAAAUGGAGGGCUGUCGGGGUGGAGCUUGGUGCGGUGGGAGAAGGAAAAAGGAGAAAACUGCAAAGCUCACAGAUCAAGAAGGGCCAGAAAUGGGGAGUGGACAUUGCAAGAGACCAGGGAGGGGGGUAGGUACAUGAAGGGUAUGCAGGAAGCUUGAGAAUGCACCAAUGAUCCAGGAGACCCAGAGAUAAAUGGGGCCCCUGAGACAGUAGGGGCUUAUCUCCAUGAGUUUGAGUUGUCAUUGUGAAGCAGCUAAGAAUCUGUCCACUUUUGGAUGGAAUUGCUUCUCUCUUCCCUUGUGAAUUCUUUACCUUGACAUAGCCGAAGGGGGGGGGGGGAGUAGAAGUUAUGAGGGAAGACAAAAGACACAUUCUUAAACUGUUCAACCUCCUAUCUGUCCCCACAAGUCCAGAUCCAAGAUCUUUUGGAUUGAGAACAGGAGUAAUGAAGUGAGAGUGGUUUCCUGCCGGGGCUAUUUCAGGUAGCAGAGGCAGCAGGCCGUGCCGGGGGGGGCAUGUUGCUGUAACCAGUGACCCAGGGGAUGUUACGGUGGACAGUGCACCUGGAGGGCGGGCCCCGCAGGGUGAACCAUGCUGCAGUGGCUGUUGGGCACCGGGUAUACUCCUUCGGGGGUUACUGCUCUGGUGAAGACUAUGAAACACUGCGGCAGAUUGAUGUGCACAUUUUCAAUGCAGUGUCCUUGCGUUGGACAAAGCUGCCCCCAGUGAGGCCUGCCAUCCGUGGGCAGGCUCCUGUGGUACCCUACAUGCGGUAUGGACACUCGACCGUCCUCAUCGAUGACAUGGUCUUCCUUUGGGGCGGGCGGAAUGACACCGAAGGAGCCUGCAAUGUACUUUAUGCCUUUGACGUCAAUACUCACAAGUGGUCCACACCGCGAGUGUCAGGAACAGUUCCUGGGGCCCGGGAUGGACAUUCAGCUUGUGUCCUGGGCAAAACCAUGUACAUUUUCGGGGGCUACGAGCAGCUGGCGGACUGCUUUUCCAAUGACAUUCACAAGCUGGAUACCAGUACCAUGACAUGGACCCUUAUUUGUACAAAGGGCAACCCUGCACGCUGGAGGGACUUUCACUCAGCUACAAUGCUGGGCAGUCACAUGUAUGUCUUUGGGGGCCGUGCCGACCGCUUUGGGCCAUUCCAUUCCAACAAUGAGAUUUACUGCAACCGCAUCCGUGUCUUUGACACCAGGACUGAGGCCUGGCUGGACUGUCCACCCACUCCAGUGCUGCCUGAGGGCCGCCGGAGCCACUCAGCCUUUGGUUAUAAUGGGGAGCUGUAUAUCUUUGGUGGCUAUAAUGCAAGGCUGAACCGGCAUUUCCACGACCUCUGGAAGUUUAACCCUGUGUCCUUUACCUGGAAAAAGAUUGAACCGAAGGGGAAGGGGCCAUGUCCCCGCCGGCGCCAGUGCUGCUGUAUUGUUGGCGACAAGAUUGUUCUCUUUGGGGGUACCAGUCCAUCUCCUGAGGAAGGCCUGGGAGAUGAAUUUGACCUCAUAGAUCAUUCUGAUUUACACAUUUUGGACUUUAACACAUCUGACAUGUCAUUUGAAGAGCUGUUGGAAUUGCAGCACAAAGUGGGGACUAAGACAUACAAACAGUUGGUAGCUGGAAACAAUACUAAGAAGCCAAGUUCUAGACCACCUGUCCAAAAUGCAUGUGUUGCAGAUAAGCACAGGCCUCUGGAAAUGUCAGCCAAGGUUCGGGUGCCAUUUUUGCGUCAAGUUGUUCCAAUCAGUAAGAAGGUAGCCCGGGACCCCCGCUUUGAUGAUCUGUCAGGGGAAUAUAAUCCUGAGGUGUUUGACAAAACGUAUCAAUUCCUGAAUGACAUCCGAGCCAAAGAGAAAGAGCUUGUGAAAAAGCAGUUGAAGAAGCACCGUUCAGGGCAGGAGCACGAAAAACUGCAGCAGCUGCUCCAGAGAAUGGAGCAGCAAGAACUGGCACAGCAGGAACGCAAGCGGCAGCAGGAGCUGCGCCUGGCCCUGAAGCAGGAGAGGCGGGCUCGGGCCCAGCAGGGCCAUCGGCCAUACUUCCUGAAGAAAUCUGAGCAGCGCCAGUUGGUCCUAGCUGAGAAGUUCAAGGAGUUGAAACGCAGUAAGAAGUUAGAGAGCUUCUUGAGUCGAAAGAGGCGCCGAAAUGCAGGCAAGGACCGGAGACAUCUCCCUUUGAACAAAGAGUAAUGAGGAACGGUUCUCAGCUCUGCCACUGCCCCAGUGAGAAACGGAUCUGUGGGGACAGACUUGGGCUUGGCCUCUUCUAGUUGUUCAUGCAAGGGCAAGGAUCAUAGCUGCCCUUGAGCUAGAUUGGCUCAAAGGUGACCAGAGGGCUCUUGGACAAGAAGAGCAGCCCAGCCUUUUGUCCUGGCACACUUUCUCUGCUUGGAUCUGGUUCAUCACGUCCUCAUGUUCUCCCAUCCUUGCUUUAUACCAGUGAUCGUGGUGUAGAAGAAAAAGGGCCAGUGAGUGAGUGAGUGAUCUUGAGGCUAGUGAAGGCUGUAAAGUCUGUUGAUAGCUCCUAGUGCUGGGACUUUAUGUAAGAGCCAAAUCGUAAACAUUCCUGUUGUUCUUUUUAUUAUUCCCUUUUGGUGGGUUUUUCGAGCGGCCUAGAACUACUGUUUCAGUGGGCCACCUGUGGGGGCUGGCAGCAAACUUAAGGCUCCCAUAAAGUAGGAAAUCAGACCAGAGACCCCUCCUACUUAAACCUCAAAGAAGACACGAUCAUUAAAAGAGUAAACCACUCUCACAGCUCACCUACGUAGUUUUGGUUUUGGAUACAGAGGGAGAGAGGAGGUGAGGACAGAAAGUUUCCCCAGUAAUGUACAAGCACAGCUGGUUGUCGGUACUGUUUGGGUCUACAGUUCCUACUCCCAUGUGGACUAGAGAAUCCUCAAGCUAAUUAAUGAUUCAGUUUGAAGUGGUCUCAGGUUGGUAGUUCUUCCAGGCACCUGGCAGAAGCAAAUGUAAUCUUCACUUGGAGGGUUGUACUUGAAACUCAAGCCUCAAGGAGUUCCUUUAGAUAAAAUCUGAAGGAAUGUGAGCUUUCAGUGAAAAUAUGAAGCACACAAGGAAAGAAAUCACCAUGAGCAAGAGUCAUCAGGGACAAUAGAAAACAGACUCAGACCAGCAAAGACAGAUGUUAGAAAUAUAAAAUACAAAACAAAAUAUCUUGCUUAUAUUUAAAGAGAAACUAUGACUAAAGAAAAGAAUAUCUAAAAGGACCAAACUGGUUUGAUAAAAAGUAGAGCUUUUAAAAAUGAACAAUAUACUAUUUGAAGUUAGAAA